GUUUCCUUGUGUGUUCACUGAAUCAUGAAUGGUUGUUUCUGCAGGCUGUUGGGUUUGUUGGCAUAGUUUGUGGUAUUUUGCGAUGAUAAACGCAAACAACCAUCCAGUAUGUGUUUUAUAGUAAACAUAUGGAUGUACGCCAGACGUUUAUACCUUUCUGAUAUGAACGAAGCUCUCCGGAGAAAACAAUAGUUUCUGAUGUUUACUGGGAUCAAAGUGGAGGUGUGUGUGCAAAACGUCAACUGAAGAGCAACAUGUCGUCAAGUGAUACAGCAAGUUUCCAAUGUGAAGUCUGCUCAAAGAGUUGUAAAGCCAAGUCUAUUCUAGAAAUACACAUGCGAGUUCAUACAGGUGAAAGACCGUUCAGAUGUGGAAUGUGUUUAAAGGAGUUCUCAACCAAGAGUAUCAUUAAAACGCACAUGCAGAUUCACAUCAGAGGAAAACCUUUCAAAUGUAUGACAUGCUUCGAAUGUUUUCCAUCGCAGUCUUACCUAAAACAACAUUUGUUGAUUCAUACAGGCACGAAACCUCCCAAAUGUGAAGUGUGUACAAAAUGUUUUGCACAGAGUUCCAGCUUAAGACAAAAUAUGUUGCUUGAUAAAAGCCAGUCACCUUUGAAAUGUGAAGUGUGCAAGAAAGGUUUUAUGUAUAGCACCCUCUUGAAUGAACAUAUGAUUCAUGCUCGACAAAAUCCUUUCAAAUGUGCAGUGUGCAAAACAUGUUUUACACAUAGCUCCCACUUGAAGGAACACAUGCGGAUUCACACUGAGGAACCUUACAAAUGUGAAGUGUGCACAGAAUGUUUUGCUUUUAGUGCCAGCUUAAAACAACAUAUGUUGAUUCAUACUGGGGAGAAGCCUUACAAAUGUGAAGUGUGCACAGAAUGUUUUGCACAUAGGUGCAACUUAAAACAACAUAUGUUGAUGCAUACUGGGGAGAAGCCUUUCAAAUGUGAAGUGUGCACAAAAUGUUUUGCACAUAGUAGCAACUUAAAGCAACAUAUGUUGAUCCAUACUAGCAAAAAACCUUUGAGUUGUAAAGCCAAGUCUCUUCUAGAAGCACACAUGCGUGUUCACACUGGUGAAAAACCUUUCAGAUGUGGAAUGUGCUUAAAGGAUUUCUCAAACAAGAAUUACAUUAAACGACAUAUGGCGAUCCACACAGGAGAAACUCCUUUCAGAUGUGUGGCAUGCUUGAAAUGUUUCCCAUUAUGGUCUUACCUAAAACAACAUACGUGUAUUCAUACAGGCAAGAAACGUUUCACAUGUAAAGUGUGCAUGGAAAGUUUUGCUUAUAGUUGCAGGUUAAAACAACAUAUGUUGAUUCAUAAAGGCAAGACCGCUUUGAAAUGUGAAAUAUGCACGAAAUGUUUUAUGUAUAGAUCCCUCUUGAAAGCACAUAUGUUGACUCAUAGUGGCAACAAACCUUUUAAAUGUGAAGUGUGCACGAAAUGUUUUACGUACAGGUCCCACUUGAAGGAACAUCUACGGAUCCAUACUAGGGAGAAACCUUUCAAAUGUGAAGUGUGCAUGAAAUGGUUCACGCGUUAUUCCUACUUGAAACAACACAUGUUGAUACAUGUUGGCGAGAAACCUUUCAAAUGUGAAGUGUGCACAAAAUAUUUUAGGCAGAGUUCCAACUUGAAGCAUCAUAUGUUGGGUCAUACUGUGAGAAAACCUCCAUCUGAAAUACAUUUAUACAAAACAAUAUAGCAGCAACAACAACAGCA